GUCAGAUGAUCAGCAUAAUUUUAUAAACAGAGGCUGACUUAGGAAAUGUUGGAUUGCUCGGCGCACAAAGGUGGAGACAUGCAGGAAAGACGAAGGGAGGAUGAACGUUACACGGACAACGGGAACUUUCCAGAACUUCGUUGUGGAGCUAGGAAGCACACUGAGGACCAGGCAGAUGAGAAGUGUGGAGAGCCUGGAUCUUCAGAAGGUCCACCCUGGCAGCCUGAGGAAUCUGACUGCCUCCCUUCCAUCUUCCUGGCAGCCUUUCUGGCAUUCGUCUUUGUCUCUGUUUCCAUGGUCUUACUUUGUCAUGAGACUGUCCACUUUUCUUUGAGGGACCUCAAGGCCUUGAGUCCCAACAGCGUUCAUCUACCCAAGGAAGAUGUCCAAUCUCUUCCUCUCUUUUUCCCAAACCAACCAGAAUCAACCUGGGGGACAUUCCUGCGACACGUGUGCAACCCGUUGGGGAAAUCUCGCCUGGAGGAGCCUUGGAUCCUGGUUGGAAUCGGCCCCGGAGAUCCAAGCCAGACCCUUCUCUGCUUCACAAAAAUGAUGCUCUCCUUACUGACUCAGCAAAAAUCCAUCAGCGUUGAGUUUCUGGACGCAACCAGCCCUUGGCUUCCUCCAAUGGGUUCUUCUAAAAAUAGGACCUGGGUGAUCAGUAGCGUGAAGGUUCUUUGGGGACAAGAGAGUCUCCCUGGUGGAUUGGUGGUGUCAUUGCAAAGUAUCCUGGAGGGAAAAGGGGAGGCCACCAAGAACGCAUUUGCCCUCGUGGGGAAUGGCGUGGAGCAGAGUCGGGAGAGGCCCCUGCUCCAAAGAUUGACCCCUUCCUUGAUCUCUAGAAUUUUGAGCUUGAAUCCCAAUAGGAGAUUGAGCAAGGCGAUGAUCGACCACGAGAACUUCCUCGUCCUCUUCGUCACAUCUGAGCAAUAUUUGGAAAGUGGGUUGGUUUGCUAA